AUGCCCAACUCACCAGUCACUCCACCGGCACCGGCAGGUCCCACCCCUCCUGCCACUCCAACCUGGGCCCAAAUCGUCAAUCUUUUCGAAUCCCCUCCACGAUGGGUCAACCCAGCCAACGGCGAACGCAGCCAAGAAGCCCAAGCCAAGAUCGACCAUGACGACCAAGCAAACCAGCAAGCCAACAAGCAGACUGCAUGGGCUUUGGUCUUUCUCAUCGUCAAGGGCACAUUCCUCCUCCUCAUGAUCUGGCACGCAGCCCCCUUCGCUAAGACUAAAACCUUGAACACAACCGCAGCGCGCGAUGCACUCAUCGAGGACGUGCGUAACGACCUGUUCAACGAUGUCACGAACGAAGCCCGCGAUAAGCUCAUUCAAGAAGUCCGCGACUUGGUGUACAACGACGUCAUGGGCUCCGUCAAUAUCAUCAUCCAAGACUACAUGUCGAAUCAAACAAACGAGUGA